AUGUUCGACUACGCUAAAAAGUGCAUUGAAUAAAUCUACCCUUCAGCAACAGUAGUCGGAAAAUAAAUAGCAGGAUAUACAGGAUGUUUCGAUAUCUAUGUAAAUGGCAAAAAUGGGACUCUAGUUCAUAGUAAAAAUAAUGGAGAUGGUGGUCUUAGGGUUUAAAAUGUUGGUUUAGUGAUGCAAAAAAUCAAAUCAAUUGUUGAAAAAUGA